AAUAGUCAUUUCUCUACACCCACUUUUUGUUUUGCCUUUUGUAUUUUGCAAAUAAAAAUAAUAAUUUAUACAUUUAAAUAGUACGAAGUCAUGAAAAUGUGGCUUAAAUUGUAAUCAGUGUUACGUGAAGCUUCCUAUCUAUAUCUCAUAAAGAUAUUAAUAAGAAUAUUUGUAAAAAGAAAAUUAAAUACAUAUAUAAUUUACAAAUUUAAAAUGCACGAAGCUUACGAAGUUACACAUUUACUGAAUGCAUCAGUGCAAAUAGAAACAAUAGCUGCUUAUGAUGGUAACCUAUUGCUGGGAACACGACAGGGACAUCUCUUAAUGUAUUCAUUAUUAAUGAACAAAGACACACAAAAGUAUGAAUUGAAAAUGAUUAGAUAUUGUAAAAACUUUAGUAAGAAACCAAUACAACAAAUUGAAGUUAUUGCAGAGGAUAGAUUACUGUUAUGUCUCACAGAUAAUGUGCUUUCAUCUUAUGAUAUGAAUGGCCUUAACUUUCCCUUGGUGAAGACAUUUUCAGAUACCAAAGGUGCAUCUCUGUUUGCCCUAGACAAUAAGUCAGCUACUUCAAUGACGGGUGAAUCAAAUACGAUAGUACAUUUAUGUGUGGCUGUAAGAAGAAAAUUGCAACUAUAUUAUGGUAAAAAUGGAGAGUUCAAAAAACAUAUCUUUGACUUCACAAUACCUGAUGUACCAAAAGUGAUGGCUUUGGGUCAACAGUAUCUUUGUGUAGGGUUCAAAGGCGAAUAUACAUUUUUUGAUUUAUCAUCACAUAAUUCAACGGACUUAUUUCCUCCAAGUAGUUCAAAAUCCUUGGACCCAACAAUAGCUAAAUAUUCUGAAACAUCCUUUCUGCUUGGCCGAGAUAACACCUCAGUUUUAGUGGAAGAAGCCAAAAAGAAGUCUUCUGAAAUUAAAAAGACAGUGAAAAGGAUUGAUGAUCCAACAAUCUCUAAAUAUUCAGAGUCAUCUUUCCUACUUGGUCGUGAUAAUACUUCAGGUGAAGUGGAAGACGCUAAACAAGAGACGGUUGAAAUCAAAAAGACAAUAAAAUGGACUGAUGCACCCCUUGCAGUUGUUUGGGAUGAACCCUUCAUUCUGGGUUUGCUACAAGACACCGUUGUGGUGCAAACAGUUGAACCGCCUCUCUUCAUACAAACAUUUGUUGAAUUGAAUAAGGCAAGACUUAUGUACAGAUGUAAGCGUGGUCUGAUAUUUGUUUCAUCUGUGGGUCAAGUUUGGUGUCUAACAUCUGUAGAUAUCACAAAACAAAGGAAACAGUUGCUGAAAGACAAGCACUUUCAAAUUGCGAUAGAUUUAAUGAAACUAUCAGAUAGUUCGCCAGAAGAAAAGAAGCAAACGAUUGAUUCUAUACAAAUGCUACACGCACUCGACCUAUUUGACAGCAAACAAUAUUCGCAAUCUAUGAAAGAAUUUAUCAAACUAAAAACAGAUCCAGCUGAAGUCAUAAAACUAAUUCCAGAGUUAGACAAUAAGUUUGAGGGAAAAGAAAAUGUAUUAAAAGGGAAAGAUUUAGAGAACGCCUUAAACGCAUUAAUAGAGUAUUUGGUGGAACUAAGAUUUCAAAUUGGGACGAACACGGAAGGUUCCAGUAAGAGUGAAUCUAAUCAGCGGAAUGUGGCCCAACAGUUGGAGUUGAUCGAUACAACUCUGCUUAAAUGCUAUUUACAGACGAACGAUGCAUUCGUGGCCCCACUCCUCCGUCUAAACAACUGCAGAUUAGAGGAAGCCGAGAAGACGUUGCACCAACACGGAAAGCACAGCGAGCUGAUCAUCCUCUAUCAGACGAAGGGACAGCAUACAAAGGCUCUGCAGUUGUUAAGAGAGCAGGCAUCACAACCAGAUUCAAGUCUUAAGGGAUAUCAUAGGACCAAGAACUACUUACAACACUUAGGCGCGGAACAUUUAAACCUUAUAUUCAAAUUCUCCGAUUGGAUAUUAAAAGAACAUCCCGAGGAAGGGUUAAAAAUAUUUACCGAAGACAUAGUAGAAGUAGAAAACCUACCUAGGCCAAAAGUCCUAGAUUUUCUACUACGAGAACACGAUACUUUGGUGAUACCCUAUCUGGAACACGUUAUACACACAUGGAAUGACACACACGAUCUGUUUCACGACGCCCUCAUUAAUAUGUAUAGAGAAAAAAUCACAGAUAAAAAAGCGAAUUGUACUGAAGAGGAAUUGCAGCAUAUUAAAUCGAAAUUGGUGGCGUUUUUGGAGAAAUCGAGCCAUUAUACACCGGAAAGGGUGAUUUUACAUUUCCCAAAUGAUACGCUAUUCGAAGAGCGUGCGGUCAUUUUGGGCAAGUUGGGCAGGCAUGAGCAGGCCUUGGCUAUUUAUGUGCAGAUUCUUGGUGACGUAGAUAGGGCCAUACGUUACUGUGACAACGUAUGGACACGUAACGAUAAAACAGUAGACGUAUACGUAACACUGAUGCGUAUACUUGUGAACCCUGAACAGAACAAUUCAUUAACUGGACCCUUAGCCACUGUACCGAGACACCCGAAGGCUUCCACGCCUGAUCUUGAGACGGCUCUAAGUAUUUUGGAAAAGCAUGCGGAUAAAAUAUCACCUAUUAAGGCCCUCUCAGUACUACCAGAUAGCGUCCCCUUGGCUCGUCUCAGUAGUUUCUUGGAGAGUGCCCUUCAAACACAACUCACCAUGAAGCGACGAACACAAGUAUUAAAAGGAUUGUUGUACGCCGAACACACACAGGUUCAAGAGAUGAAACAGUUCCAUGAAUCGAAAAGCAUAGUUAUAAACGACUAUAACGUUUGUCCCGUUUGCAAGAAACGAUUUGGGAACCAAAGCGCCUUCGUGCGGUACCCCUCUGGGGAUAUUGUCCACUAUUCAUGUAAAUUGGAUAAAUAAUAGGGGAUUAAUGUCUAUAUAGGCCGACCGAACUGGCCAUUUAAAGUAGUUUUUAUGUUUUCUCCUACUGAAAGGCGUAGUCUUAAAUCUUACCCACCUCCACAAAUCCGAAAGAAAGAAAAUUUAUUCGUAAUAAAAAUAAAAUAUUUAUUUCUUAAGUAUAUAUGAUGAAUGAAACUUCAUUGUGUUGCUGAAAUAAUUAUAGGGUAAUUCCAAACUUAUUGUUUUAAACAAAAGAGCUUAAAACAAUCUUAUAUAAAGGCUAAGUAAAUUUAUUAAUUAUGAAUUAAGUACUUGAAGCAAUUAUAGAAACAACAUUUAGAGUUAGUUAUUCCAUAAAAGUCCUUCAAGACAAUUAUUUGCUUGUAAAAAAUCACGUGACUCUAGCCACAACUCGCGUCUUCUUCCACAGACUCUCAAUCUUUUAAAUAAAUAAAACGUCAGUUUUGACACAUGUCAGUACAAUCUAAAAGAAAUAUAAUUAUAUCUUUACAUAUAUAUCGCCUUAUCAUAGAAUUUUUUUGUAUUAAGUUAUGCCAAAAAGUGGCUUCCUUUUUGUUGGGGACUCCAUGAGGAGACCACCUCCAAGUCUUAUAAUUUUUUACGCUGUCACCAGUGACAGAUGACUGCUAUAAUUGUAAUGUUGCAAUAAUUGUUAUUUUAUAUGAAGAAGGAUUAAAAUUAACUUUUUAAAAAAAUAUAUAAGUUUAUCUAUGCCUUUUCACGUGUCUCUCCUGUCAUAUUUACGCGCCAAAGCACUUUUUCAUCAAAUAUAUAGUAAGUAUAUGAAUAAGGGAAUGUGGGUAAAAAUUUAAUUGAGCCUUUGGUCGAACGUGUAUAUUCUGUUUUUACAAUUUGAUUAUUAAACAAAUAUGGAGAAGCAUAUUCUAGAUUUUUGUUGUAUUUAAGCCAUAUAUUCCAAUUAAAAUAUGAAAAUUUAGUCAUGGCAACUUUAUUUUGGAUUUUUUAUAAGUAUACAAUUUUAUGGUUUUUAAUCAUUGGAUCUCAAGUGUGUCACGGAAUGGAUAAAUAAGACCGGAGUUCUAGCGAGCGAUCUGUAGGAACAUACUUGUUUAUUUAUUUUAUUUAAGUAGCCAACGGCUCUUAUAAAAAAAUUACGAUACCAACACGAUAUUUAACAAAGAAUUACCAUGAACGCCUACCCUAGUAAAAGUACCGAAUUAAAUGGUCAUACCAUUUCAUUCAUUUAUGUCAUAGACCAGAAUUCAUGAAAAUAAAUAAAUCUGAUUGUAACCUUUUACUAAAGUCCUUUUUGAUUUCUUCUGACACGCUAUGAUGAAAGGUCACAGGUAAGUACUUUAGUUAAAGCUGCAAUAUUUAGUAUGAAAGUCAACAAUUCUUAUUUAUCUAUUCAGUGUUUAUAUGGUUAAAAUGAAAAAAUAAGUUAUUAUUGUAUUUUUUAGUAGAAAUCUAGUUCCAUACAUUGAGGAAGAUCAUUUUUCUAAUAAUUGUGAUAAUACUUUCAACGCUAACUUACCAAAUUAUUAUAUAGUUUAUAAAUUCAUAUAAAUAACUGUUGAAACAUGAUAUUUGUAAUAGACAUAUAUAAACAUAAUCAGUUUUAUAAUAAAAUACAAACAUUUAUUGAAUAUUGCCUUAUCACUUUAAAAAUAAAUAAAUGCGAUUUUAUAUAAACUGUUUCAGCUGCAGUAUCAGUACUCUGUAAUGUCCAAUACCGUUAGCUAUUCCGACUUUUGAGUUUUGUUACCCAAUUUCGGUUGUUCUCUUACGUAGGACAGAUCGGAAGCUGGAUUUGGGAGUUACAGAGUAACGACGCUGGUUUUAACUCUAUGAAUUACAGAGUGUACUGUAAUUAUUGUCUUGCUCAUAAGUUAUAAUGCAUUAUAUAUUGUAUUAAGAAUAUAUUAUUUUUUGUUACGACGCAAUAUGCCCUUAUGAAAAUAAAUGUUUUAUUUAAA